GGAUGUGUUUUAAAUAGGUGGGACCGAAACCACUCCGUUUCCUGGAAACUUUGUUUUCCCUUGCUUUCCCUCGGCCAUCCCCGGCCGCGGGGGUGUGCACGGCGACGGCGGCGGGCGCGGUAUAAAUGGAGCGAGCGGCAGGGCCGGGCAGCGGGCGUUAAGAGGCAGCUCCCCCAGGACCGGGACCAGGACCAGGACCAGGACCAGGACCAGGACCAGGACCAGGACCAGGACCCGCACCCGCACCCCCCGGUGCAGGGCACCAUGGCCGAAGAUCUGGUGCUGGAGACAUGGGACCUGCAGCGCGAUCGCAACGGCCGGGAGCACCGGACGGUGGAGAUGGGCUGCCAGCAGCUGGUGGUGCGGCGAGGGCAGCCCUUCAUCAUCACCCUGCACUUCUCGGGCAGGGGCUACGAGGAGGGGGUGGACAAACUCGCCUUCAACGUCGAGACGGGGCCCUGCCCCAUCGAGACAUCGGGAACCAGGUCCCACUUUGCUGUGACCGAUUUCCCAGAGGAAUCGGGCUGGAGCGCCGUGGUCCAGCAGCAGGACGGGAAUUCCCUCUCCGUCUCGCUCUGCUCCCCAACCAGCGCCUGCAUCGGCCGCUACAGCCUGAUGCUGGAGACCUCCACCGGCUACCAGGGCACCAGCUGCCACAUCGGGCACUUCGUUCUGCUCUUUAACGCCUGGCACCCAGAGGACACGGUUUUCCUCCGAGAUGAGGAUGAGCGCGGCGAGUACGUGCUGUCCCAGCAGGGACUCAUCUACCAGGGCGCCCGCGACUACAUCACCUCCACCCCCUGGAACUUCGGCCAGUUCGAGGAUGACAUCUUGUCCAUCUGCCUCAAUCUGCUGGACACAAACCCCAAAUUCCUGAGGGACCAGAAUAGGGAUUGCUCCCGCCGCAACGACCCCGUGUACAUCGGCAGGGUGGUGAGCGCCAUGGUAAAUUGUAACGACGAGGACCGCGGGGUGCUGGCAGGGCGGUGGGACAACCAUUACGAAGAUGGGAUGAGCCCGAUGGCCUGGAUCGGGAGCGUGGAUAUUCUCAAGAGGUGGAAGGAGUUUGGCUGCCAGCCAGUCAAGUAUGGCCAGUGCUGGGUCUUCGCUGCCGUGGCGUGUACCGUCUUGCGGUGCCUGGGGAUCCCCAGCCGGGUGGUGACCAACUACAACUCGGCCCACGACACCAACGGCAACCUGGUCAUCGACCGCUACCUCAACGAGACGGGGGAGCAGGAGCAGCGCUCCAAGGACAUGAUCUGGAAUUUCCAUUGCUGGGUGGAGUCCUGGAUGGCCCGUCCGGACCUGGCACCCGGCUACGAUGGCUGGCAGGCGCUGGACCCGACACCCCAGGAGAAGAGCGAAGGGGUUUUCUGCUGCGGGCCGGCCCCCGUCAAAGCCAUCAAGGAGGGCGACCUGCAGCUGAAGUACGACAUCCCCUUCGUCUUCGCUGAGGUGAACGCCGACGUUGUGUACUGGGUGGUGCAGCGUGACGGGUCGCAGAAGAAGAGCACCCACUCCUCGGUCGUGGGGAAGAACAUCAGCACCAAGAGCGUGGGCAGGGACAGCAGGGAGGACAUCACCCACACCUACAAGUACCCGGAGGGGUCUGAAAAGGAGAGAGAAGUGUUUGUGAAGGCAGAGCACGAGAAGAGCUCUCUCAGGCAGGAGGACGAGGGGCUGCACCUCAAGAUCAAGCUGUCGGAGGGCGCAAACAACGGCUGCGACUUUGACGUCUUUGCCGUCAUCAACAACAACACAGACGCAGAGCGAGUCUGCAGGCUCAUGCUGUGCGCUCGAACCGCCAGCUACAACGGCACCGUCGGGCCCCAGUGCGGCAUGAAGGACCUGCUGAACGUCACCCUCGCGCCCCGGGCAGAGAAUACCGUGCCCCUGCGCAUCCUGUACGAGAAGUAUGGGGAGAGCCUGACCCAGGACAACCUCAUCAAGGUGGUGGCUCUCCUCACCGAGUACCAGACCGGCGAUGUUGUCGUGGCAGUCAGGGAUGUCUACAUCCAGAAUCCGGAGAUCAAGAUCAGGAUUUUAGGGGAGCCGAUGCAGAAUCGGAAGCUGGUGGCGGAGAUCAGCCUGGUGAACCCCCUCCCAGCCCCCCUGAACAACUGCGUGUUCGUGGCGGAGGGCGCCGGCCUCACCAAUGGGCAGCAGACCAAGGAGCUCGAGGAGCCUGUGGAGCCGCACGCGGAGACCAAGGUCAGGCUGGAUUUCGUGCCGAGCCAGUCGGGACUGCGCAAGCUGGUGGUGGACUUCGAGAGCGACAAGCUGACGGGGGUGAAGGGCCACCGCAACGUCAUCAUCGCGCCCCAGCCCAAGUGAGUGGCCACCGUGGCCGCCCCCCCCCGCCGCAGAGACCCUGCCUCCUCCCCUCCCGCUCGGGGGGCUCACCGGCCCCCUACUCGCUUUAGCCCAAGACGGUCCCAGCAGCGCGCGGAAGGACGACUGCCGAAGCCCAGCCUGACCCCGACAUGGCGGCCACGGUGCCACGCUCCCCCCCGGGAGCGCUCGGUGCUGCGGGGAGAGAAGCGAGGGGAGCAGGGACAGGAUAGCGGGGCCGGGGGCUUUCGGAGGCUCCCUGCACCAGCCGCUCGCUUCACCGCCUUUCCCUUGCCCCACGGGGUGGAAACGUCCCCGUCCUGCCUGUCCCCCUGCCUGGGUGCAGCAGGGACCCCCAGAGCCCCCCCAAGCCCAGCACAGCCCCGCAGCGGCCAGCCCCCUCCUCUUUCUGCAGCACUGACAGCCCCGGGCCACAGCGCCCAUUUCAUAGACCAAACAGCCGAACAACCUUCUCCAGCACUGAUUGCACCUCAGCUGUGCUCACGCAUGCCAUUGCAAUUCUCUGAACACAAUUUGGUAGAGAAAAGAUUGUAUACUGUGAGCACAAAGCUGUUCAUAUGCUAUAUACGUAUAUAACAAACCUAUUUAUAUAGAAAUACAUACUGCAUAUAACCCUACUGCAUAGGUAAAGCAGGGUAUUUGCUUUAAUAACCAUUCCUGUCACUGGAAACACUGUGCAGUGAGGGACAGGACGUUUCCUUGACAUGAAUUAACUAUGCAAGCACUGAAUAAAAACUGUAUUUUUCACUUUUAAA